AUGGAGGAAGUAAACCGAACAUCUCCAGCAAAGUUCAUCCUUCUUGGUCUAUCCAAUGUCCCAUAUCUCCAGGCCAUCUUCUUCCUCCUGUUCUUAUUGAUGUACAUUAUUACAUUGUCAGGAAACCUUUUGCUCAUCGUUGUGGUGAGGAUCAACCCAAAGCUACAGACCCCCAUGUACUUCUUCCUGAGUAAUCUGGCUUUUAAUGACAUCAAUUACUCAUCCACCAUAGUUCCCAAAAUUCUCAUAAACACUUUGAGCCAGGACAGAAGUAUCUCCUUGACAGGAUGUGCAGUGCAAAUUUUUUGUCUUUUGAUUUUAGGGGUCAUGGAGUGUUGCCUACUCGCAGUCAUGGCAUAUGACAGAUUUGUUGCCAUCUGUAGACCAUUACAUUAUAACACCAUCAUGAACAUGAAGUUGUGUGCCAGUUUAGUAGCAGGAUCAUGGAGUAUGUCCAUUUUGAACUCUACUUUGCAUGUUGCCCUCACCUUUCAACUCCCUUACUGCAAGUCCCACUACAUCGACCACUUCUUCUGUGAGAUGCCCCCUUUAUUUCGACUGUCCUGCCAAGACACUUUGUAUAAUGAGAUAAUCAUGUACAUCUCUGGAGCAAUCCUCGGUUCGUGUGCUUUAUGCUUGACUCUGACUUCAUAUGUCCACAUCAUAUCCACUGUUCUGAAGAUCCGUUCCUCAGAAGGAAGGCAUAAAGCUUUUUCCACAUGUGCUUCUCAUCUGACCGUGUUGGCUCUCUACUACGGAACCGUCAUUUGUAUAUAUCUGAAACCCCGCUCUACUAAUUCUGCAAAUGUAGACAAAAGUGCUUCAAUUCUCUAUACGGUAGUGACACCAAUGUUAAACCCUAUUAUCUAUAGUAUAAGGAACAAGGAUGUCAAAAACACUGUUAAAAAUAACUCAAACAAGAAACAAAGUUCUCUAAAGUGCAAUAAACAAGUACAAGUAAAAACAGUACAUUGA